AAGAGUUGUGCCUGUGGUAUAUGUAAGGAGCGCUUGAAGUUCCCUUUCUCCUCCCAUAAGCUUCCAUUCCAAGCUUCGCCGGAGCUAAUAAUCGGAAAGCUGAAAUAUAUAUUUUCUUCUUCUUUUUUUACCGAAGCCCGUACUAAAAGGAGACCUAAGUUCUUGUUAACGAUAAAGCUUACCGUGGAGAAUCCAAUCUGAAAUAGAAAAUUUUAUCUUUCCCCUGCAAGCUUUUCAAAAGCUUCGUCAAUGGUAGUGAAAGUUGCGGCAGUGGCGGCGAGUUUACAAUGGCCUCAGCCACCAUCUUCUUCCCAAGCUUUAGCUUCGGCAAUCUCUUCGCCUUCCCUUCCGAGGCGGUGCCGUUGCGGCGGCGUUGUUAAUCUCAAGACCGUUCAAAUACCCAGCCGUUCGGCUCUCUUCGGUUCAAACUCCACCAACAUCCAACGGUUCCAGGAGAAACCUAGAUCCGGAACUUUACGACGAGCCUGCAGCGCAAGCUUAGAUUGCUCCGAUGAAGAAUUUUCAAAAAAAAUUCAAGAAUUGGUACUCCGAUUUCAGUUAUCGGACAAUGAUGGAACCACUAGCAGCACAAGUAACGGAAACGAUCCAGAUUCCGAACGGGAAAGUGAAACCGUUUCCGAUUCCGUACUGGAAUCUUUGGGUUUCAACGAACAAUCAUUGUGGGUGGGAAGAGGGGAAGAAAUGACCUCAUCGAGCAUAGAACGUAAAGCCAACAGCGUGAAUCUUCCACUUUCGCUGCGAAUGAUUAAGAGGAAAUUACAACGGCCAGAAGAGUUUCGAGAGGCUGGGGAAUCAGCUUAUUGUUCAAUGAAAAAGGCGUUUUCUUCGAUGGUUUUCAUAAUCCGGGAGCUUCAUAGUUACACUUUGCAUAUGCGAGAACUUUUGUAUUACGAGGAUUUACAAGGGAUUCUCGUUGGAGUUCAAAAAGAGAUGCACGCUUCGUUCGUUUGGUUGUUUCAACAGGUUUUUUCUCGUACACCCACUUUAAUGGUUUACGUGAUGAUCAUGUUAGCCAACUAUUCAGUUCAUUCCAUGGGAAGCAACGCCGCUCUUGCCGCCGCGGCGAAUCCGACAACGGGGACUUAUGCUUCCAUGGUUGAUGUCCAAGAUCAGAAGUAUUCCAAGUUAGAUUCUUCGUCGAUAAAGUCGUUUUCGCUAUUGUCAUCGAAUGGUAAAACCGCUUCAAUCGGCGGAAACAGUGGUGGAGGCGGAAAAGUCCGGCCGGUCGCCAGCGGAACAGAAGGCGAUGGAUGGAUUAACAAAGCAGGCGAAUUCAGUACCAUCUUUCCCGAUGGUGCAUCCCAGUUAUCAUCUCUAGGAACAACAGGGGACACAGAGAGAGCUUCAACGAUGGAGGGAAGCAGAGAAGAACUCACUCUUUGGAACUCCAUGGUCGAUGAAGCUUCGAAAAUGCUAGCUUCUGUGAGAGAUGAAACGCUGGAUCAUGAAACAGUCGGGAGAUUUGUUUCGCCGGUGACAGCAAUGAUCGAACCGGACGGUGAUUAUGAAGACUAUUUCAGAACGGAGCUGCUUUAUCAAAUGGAAUUGUCACAAGAGCCUAAUAACGCAGUCUUCCUCUCCAAUUAUGCUCAGUUUCUCUACCUUGUUGCACAUGAUUACGACAGAGCGGAAGAGUACUUCAAGAAAGCAAUAGGGGUGGAGCCAGCGGAUGCGGAAGCAUACAGUAAAUACGCGAGCUUUUUAUGGAAAGCGAGGAAUGAUUUGUGGGCGGCGGAGGAAACUUUCUUGGAAGCCAUAUCGGCAGAUCCUACCAACUCUUAUUACGCCGCCAAUUAUGCUCAUUUCCUGUGGAAUACCGGCGGGGAAGACACUUGUUUCCCUCUUGCCUCCCCGGAAGAAGCUUGAAAUUUUAGACAAAACCCUUUGUUCCCUAAUUUUGUUUAUAAAAUAAGAAAAUUAAAGUUUUUCAUCUUCAUAAAUUUUAUUUUCACUUACUAUGUUUUCUUAGUUAAUCGGAUAAUCCAGGUUUAGGCAUGAAUGAAAUUGAAGUUACUCGGAGAAAAAGAAAGGGGCAUGUGUUUGAAGCUUGUUAUUCUUUUAACUAGGCGUAAACAUCUGGUCGCAAGGGUUGGCGAAUGACGAGGCAGGUUCGGGACAGGUGGUUGAUUUGAGGUGCAUGGAAUCAGGACGCACGUGAAGAAUUCCGGAAAAUACAGGCAAAGUUAGCGACUUGUUUAGCACUGGGCGGUGCCCUCAGGGAUCCGAUAGAUGAUAUUUUGGGGCUGAUUU